UGCGCGCCUCCUGAGGCCGCUCCAGGACUUAACUGUAACAGGGAGGGGCCUCCGGAGCAGCGGUCAGCGAGUUAAAGUAUGCUGGGAGCCGUGAAGAUGGAAGGGCACGAGCCAUCCGACUGGAGCAGCUACUAUGCAGAGCCGGAGGGCUACUCUUCCGUGAGCAACAUGAACGCCGGCCUGGGAAUGAACGGCAUGAACACUUACAUGAGCAUGUCCGCGGCCGCUAUGGGCAGCGGUUCCGGCAACAUGAGCGCGGGCUCCAUGAACAUGUCAUCGUAUGUGGGCGCUGGAAUGAGCCCAUCCCUAGCUGGCAUGUCUCCGGGCGCGGGCGCCAUGGCGGGCAUGAGCGGCUCCGCUGGUGCGGCCGGCGUGGCAGGCAUGGGACCGCACCUGAGCCCGAGCCUGAGCCCACUUGGGGGACAGGCGGCUGGGGCCAUGGGUGGCCUUGCUCCUUAUGCCAAUAUGAACUCAAUGAGCCCCAUGUACGGGCAGGCGGGCCUGAGCCGCGCACGGGACCCCAAGACAUACCGGCGUAGCUACACCCACGCCAAGCCUCCCUACUCGUACAUCUCGCUCAUCACCAUGGCCAUUCAGCAGAGCCCCAACAAGAUGCUGACGCUGAGCGAAAUCUACCAGUGGAUCAUGGACCUCUUCCCUUUCUACCGACAGAACCAGCAGCGCUGGCAGAACUCCAUCCGACACUCGCUCUCCUUCAACGACUGCUUUCUCAAGGUGCCCCGCUCGCCAGACAAGCCUGGCAAGGGCUCCUUCUGGACCCUGCACCCCGACUCGGGCAACAUGUUCGAGAAUGGUUGCUACCUGCGCCGCCAGAAGCGCUUCAAGUGUGAGAAGCAGCUGGCACUGAAGGAAGCCGCGGGGGCGGGCGGGGGCGGAGGCAAGAAGACCGCUGCUGGGACUCAGGCCUCGCAGGCUCAGCUCGGGGAGGCCGCGGGCUCGGCCUCUGAGACUCCGGCGGGCACCGAGUCCCCCCAUUCAAGCUCUUCCCCUUGUCAGGAGCACAAACGAGGAGGCCUGGGAGAGCUGAAGGGGACACCCGCCUCCGCGCUGAGUCCCCCGGAGCCAGCGCCCUCGCCAGGGCAGCAGCAGCAGGCUGCAGCCCACCUGCUGGGCCCACCUCACCACCCAGGCCUACCACCCGAGGCCCACCUGAAGCCGGAGCACCAUUACGCCUUCAACCACCCCUUCUCUAUCAACAACCUCAUGUCCUCUGAGCAACAACACCACCACAGCCACCACCACCAUCAGCCCCACAAAAUGGACCUCAAGGCCUAUGAACAAGUCAUGCACUACCCUGGGGGCUAUGGCUCCCCCAUGCCAGGCAGCUUGGCCAUGGGCCCAGUCACGAACAAAGCGGGCCUGGAUGCCUCGCCCCUGGCUGCAGACACCUCCUACUACCAAGGAGUGUACUCCAGGCCUAUUAUGAACUCCUCCUAAGAAGAAGGUUUGCAGGCCCUGCUAGCUCUGGCCAGCGGGAGAAGGACCAGAGAGAAGAGAGGCUGCCUGGAGACUUUGGAAAAGUUGGGAGGAAAAAGUAGCCACCACACUUCAGGCCCCAAGAGUGCAGUCUCAAACAACUGUCUGUGCCCCUAAAGAACUGGGCCUUGGUGAUCUGUCU